AGAGAGAGCGCGCACGUUAUCAUUGUACUUUACAUUGUAAAUAUAUCUAGCCAUUAUGUAAUAUUGUGGUAAUGUGGGUUGUGUGCAGGUCUUUACAUUUAUUAAGACAACAGCUUAGCAGAAAUAAUAAUGUAAAUAAAAUUCAUCGCAACAAGUGUGACAUGGAACCUAAUCACCUUACAGAGAUUUUCCAAGCGGCAGUGGGAGCGGUAAAUCCGAUUUCAAUGAUUAGAGAAACAGUGAAAGUUUGUGGAAGUCAUCUAUGUGUCGCUGACAAAACUUUUCCACUUCACAAACCAUGUUACGUAGUUGGCUUUGGGAAAGCCGUCCUUGGAAUGGCAGUCGAAUUGGAGAAAAUAUUAGGACCUCAUUUGAAAACAGGGAUCAUCAACGUUCCUGUUGGAAUCUUUGAAACGUUCCGAGAGAAACCAGAAUUAUUACCGGAUUGUGAUUCGAAGCUCCAGUUUAUAGAGGGAGCCAAAGACAACUUACCAGAUGAAAAUGCUUUGAAAGGCGCUAUAGCAAUAAAAAACUUGGCGCAACAACUAAAGGAAGAGGACCUGUUGAUUGUUCUCAUAUCGGGCGGAGGAUCAGCGCUUUUGCCCCUGCCGAAGCAAACAUUAAAAUUGCACGAAAAGCUUCAAGUUAUCAAAAAUCUCACACGACGAGGCGCAGACAUUAAGGAAUUAAAUUGCGUCCGCAAGAAGCUGUCGGCUAUAAAAGGCGGCGGGUUGGCCCGGAUUGCUUAUCCUGCCAAAGUAGUUAGCCUCAUUCUAUCGGACAUUGUCGGAGAUUCCUUGGAUUCCAUUGCCAGCGGACCAACGACCCCAGACUGGAAUCCUUCCAACGCUGCCUGGGAAAUAAUAGAGAAAUAUUCGUUAUCCAACACAGUUCCUGACGCUGUGAAAGAUAUUUUAUUACAGUCCGACGAUGCAUUGGGACACGAAAACGGUUUAUAUGAGAAUGGAAAGUUCGCACACGUUUACAACUUAAUCGUCGGAAAUAAUCGAAAGGCAGCCUGUAGUGCUCUAAAAGCCGCGAAAAAUCUAGGGUACGAGGCCGCUAUUAUUUCCACAAAAAUUGAGGGUCUAGUUGAUAAUAUAAGUAAUCAGUACGCCCUUCUUGCUAAACAUCUCGUUGAUUUUAUGCAACAUCCGGAAAAUUCAUCUAAGAGAAACGAAUUAAAACUUUUUUUGAAGUCGUUACAGAACGAAUUAGGCGUCGAGGACUCUGCAAUCGAUGAAAUUCUCAGUCUUAAUUUUAAAACUCCUUUAGGAAUUUGUAUAAUUGGUGCGGGUGAACCGACUGUAGUGGUAAAAAGUGAUGGGGGUAAAGGCGGGAGAAAUCAAGAACUGACACUUCGAUUUUCUCUGGAGGUUAAUAAGUUCAAUUUAAAAUCUGCGGAAAUUUCAUUUCUCAGCUGUGGUACGGAUGGAAUCGACGGGCCAACGGAUGCAGCUGGAGCUUUUGGACGCGGCAAUUUAGUUCAGGAAGCUACCGAGGGAAAAAUUUGUCCGGUGGAAUUUUUGUUGAGAAGUGACUCUUACACAUUCUUUUCAAAAUUUAACGACGGAAUGAAUCUUAUCAAAAUGGGACAUACUGGUACAAAUGUUAUGGAUAUCCACGUUAUGAUUUUACAUGUAUAUUAGACACUUUCUGAGAUAAAAGUAUUCGUUUCAUAAGUUAUCAGCUGUACUAGCAGUUUCACCUUUUCGAAUAGCCCUUUCAUAUUAACGGCUCAUGUUCAUGUCUCCCAUGAAGAACCGUUCUUUAGAUAUUAAAAAAAGAAUUAUUAAAAUCGGAUCAGUAGUUUCUUAGAUUACUUUCUACAUCCGAAACUACAAAUAUAAAAACUUUACUUUACCUAUUCUACAUUUCUUCCCCUUUGUUUGCAUAUAAUUAGCAAACAAUCUAAGCACUUAAGGGUUGGUUUCUUACAAACCCUACCUUUGUACAAUAUUAAUAAAGAUCGGAGAUUCUUAAUUCGAUUGUUUUAAUGUGUUUUUGUUAAUUAGAGCAGUAAAUUCGGCCGGAAAGGUUUCGUAGCCCUCAAAAUAAACCGUAAAUUCGGCCGGCUUGUGCUUAGGUAGAAACAGACAAUAAAAGCAACAUCUUAAGCGCCAAACGCCGAUGAUUAGAAGGUUUUUACAUACUCUGUUAUGAUAUGAGUAUACAUAUAAUAGAUAACAACCCCUUGCGGUAGGACUUGUUGGUCUCUUAAUUAGUUAAUCUACUCCUGACAACGGAAAAAUUAACAUCAAUCAUUUAACUAAACUAACUUCACUUUACUAUUGCACAAGUUUUUAAAAUUUGUAAGCAAUUAUAGUGCAUUUUAUUAAAGUUUACUACAAGAUAAUUGCAUUACUAAAAGAAGCUGCUACUUUCUUUGAUUAAGUUUUGUUUUAUUGUGGUUCAAUAUUUCUUUUAUUUCGAUACUUUAAUACAAAACUUAAAGCAAUGUAUAGAAGGUAAAUGUUCUCUCCAAUAAACAUACACAAGUAAUUUUUCCGGUUGAAUUUACAUACAGUCAAUUUUCGAUACCUGUUGUUGAAUAAAUAAUUGCAAUAGUUCAUCAUUGUCUUUUAUUAAAUCGUAGUAAGACAGAAGCAAAUAAAUUCCUACCUUUAUUUCCUAAUAAUGAAAAAAAUUAAUAAUACGAUGUAUAUUGUACAGGGCAUUACUUCAUUCAAUCGAAUGGUAUAACUUGUUUGCCGCCGGACUAAGAAUCUCAAGGUGAUAAAUGGAAGGUGGUUCAGUGAUAUUCAGUAUGUAUUACAACUUAGAUCGUGACUUUGUGGCAUUACGUGCUCAUAAAGCAAAAUAUCUUUACCAAAAUUCUCUAUAGGAAAGUUUGGAUGUAAUGACUCCGUUUAAAAUGACAUAUCGUUUAUUAUAACUGAUACUCAAGAAAUCAGAUUCGGCUAUAGUGACCCAAAUGAUUAAUAAUAACAUUUUCGCUCAUUUUUCUGA